UUUCAGUUUGCCAUGGCAGGUUUUCCUGCACUGCACUAAUUUUUUUUGUAUUAAUUCGUCUGGCCCGCUGAUCUAAGUCUGAAAACGUAUUAAUUGCGCGGUUGUAAAUUGUGGCUCAUAAAAUUCUAUAAUAUAUGCGCUUAUAGCAUUCCCCACCAAAAUAGAGUGAGUGAUUGUUUAGUUUGAAAACUACACUUUUGCGGAUCACCUACUGACUGACUCAUUCUUCAUUGCUUUUUGUCUGCCUUCACGCUUCGCCUACUAAACGUAGCGGUCGUUGUCCGCGAAAAAACUCGAAAAAUGUCUGAAGUGAAUUUUGACUGUAUACGCUCAAUUGAGCCAAAUUCAAUAGACAUCACACCCGCCGCCAUCACAGCAUCUACCUCCACUGCGACAGCAACCACACUUAACCCAUCCAUAACUCAUUCAUCUAGUGGUGCUGGGUCAUCUUCCCAAUUACAAUUAACUCAAUCAUCCAAAAAUUCCAAAGAUGCUUAUCUCGAAGCGGCGCGCAUUUUACUCGUACUCUUGGAGAAUGUACUUAGGGAGCCAACGAAUGCCAAAUACCGCACCAUACGUCUCGAGAAUAAAACAAUCAAAGAGAAAUUACUCUCAGUGGCAGGCAUUGCGCAGUUGUUAAAUGCUAUUGGUUUUAAAUGCAGCGCCACAGAGUAUACGCUGCCUAAGGAGGUGCCCCUGCAACGAAUUCAGCAAUAUUGGAACGUCUUGCAGGAGCGGCGUGAAUCUUGGCUUAAAGGCACACUUCAAACAGCUGAAGCAGUGCAGAAAGCACCAGAAGUAAAUGACAAUGAAAUGGCUGCGUUGUCAAAUAAAAACACUGAUCAACCGCGGAAAGCAGAGCCAUUGCGAGCCCUUAUCACACGGUCAAUUCCUUAUCAGCAACGCAUACAAUUUCCACCCGUUCUGCACACCAAUAAUACUUUUCUGCAAUCUUUGGAGUUACAAUCGGAUGCUGUUAUGCAGUAUGAAGAUGAACAAUUGCUGGCAGCUGGACGUGCUCUAAUCCCCAUAGAUGACCUAACGCAAAAGGCAAGCGAAAAGCUAAUCGCAUUUCAAGAACGGAUUGCCGAGGGAGCAUGUAAUGAGAAGGAGCCUUGCAUAAGGGAUCUUAUUGUGAUAGAAUUGUGCAACUGGUUCAAAACAGAAUUCUUUGAAUGGGUUAACAAUAUCCCUUGCCGCGUCUGCGGCAGCGAGGAAAGCAAGCUGGUACGCACUCAAACCGAAGGCGAUCUGCGUGUGGAGGUUAGCUUUUGCUGUGGGCAAGAUACAAAAUUUUACCGCUAUAAUGAUGUAGCACAGCUACUAGUAACGCGUAAAGGUCGUUGUGGCGAGUUUGCCAACUGCUUCACGUUUUUCUGUCGCUGUUUGGAUUACGAUGCACGUCUCGUUUCGCCACGUUUCGAUCACGUGUGGACUGAGGUUUAUUCGGAGAGUCAAAUGCGUUGGUUACAUGUAGAUCCAUCCGACAAUGUAGUAGACUCUCCGCUAAUGUAUCAGCAUGGCUGGAAACGAUCUAUCGACUACAUUUUCGCCUACUCUUGUGAUGAGAUACAGGAUGUAACGUGGCGUUACGCAAAUAAUCAUAAGCAAACGUUGCAAGCGCGUCGUCUGUGCAACGAAAACGAUUUGGUAGCAGCAAUUUUAGCAAUACGCAAGAAACGGCAAUCGGGCUUUAGUGAGCAACGCGUAAAAGCGCUGAGUCAACGUGCAAUAUUAGAACUAUUAGAGCUCACAGUUGAGCGACAGCCAACUGAGGGGGAAUUGAAGGGUCGUAGCUCAGGCAGUUUGGCUUGGCGCCAAUCACGAGGUGAACACACAUUCAAUAAUAUUUUUGUUUUCACUCCCACCGCAGAAGAGAUUGGCGCCAAACAGUUUAAUAUGCGCUACAGCUGUGCUAAAGACAUCUACGAGCGAUAUCUUAAAGUUGGCAGUGCGGAUACUAAAAUUAUACAGGAAUACAAAACUUGGCAAAGCGCCCAAUUUUCAUCCAGAAACAUUUUUCGAAAAGUCGAGCGUGAUUGGAAAAUGGCCUACUUAGUACGAGAAGAGGAUGCAGAGCAAGGUGAAAUUGUUUGGAAAUUCGACUUCAGCAAGGCUGGAUUGAAAAUUAAGUCAUACAACUUGCGCUUCGAGCGCAAAACAUUUGGCGAAGGUCAAAUCGAAGUAACUGUGAUUGCAGACAAUGGUGACGCAAACAUUGUGGGUGCCUCAGCAUUUCAGAUUAAGGCUGUUUUGUCCGGUGGCAAAGGCGAUGUUGCUUGGCAACAUGCACAGUUGUUUAGACAAAGUUUAAAUCAAGCCGAGAGUCUGUUUGAUUUGCAAAUUGAAUUUAUAUAAAUAUAAAUUCUUACCAACUUA